CUGUAGGGCACUUUGUUCUCGUGGUCAUUAAUAGUACUUCUCCAAUGGUUGAAAUAAAGGCCAUUGACGUUUUUAGCACAGGGCCUACUUUUGCACUUGUUGAUGAGGCACAGUAUUGUCUGAAAGGAUUUCUUCGGACCUGGACCUCCUGGUUGGAGAAUUGCAGCAUUACCGGGCUGCGAGAUCUCGGGUAACCGUGCAUGGUACUUAAUAUUGUGGAUUUCAGUAUCCACCGACACGAUUAUUCCUAUCAUAGAAGCUAUCUAGGCGUUCUUUGCUUGCCUUGGAGACGGCUUGGAGGGCCGACCUUGUCGAUCUAGAAGCACUUUCGGCAGAGACCGAAACUGGAAGGUCGAAUGUACGAUUAUGGGCUCGUGAUGGCAGGCAUUUGCUCUCCGUACGGCAAAGUCAAACGUUUCGAAAGGAGUAUUUGGAGACUAGGCUAAGUACACCUGAGGCACAGUUGCGCGAGGCAUGUCCUAUAUUGAGCCCAGGAGCCACGGGAUGGGGCAGUUGAGAAUGAUUGGCUAUAGAUUCAUCGAACAGUGCCAUGCCAGGACUCCUUCACCUGCUCAAUCAGUCUCAAGGAUUGACCUAGAUCACUUGGCGCACAAUCCUGGGAAUUAGAUGAACUGACUUGACUAUGGUUCUUCAAAUUUCUCCAUUGUGGAGGACCUACGAUCUUGGCUUGAAGAUGAGGAACAGCGACAUUUCCUUAUAAAAGUCCAGCUGUCUCCCACAAUAAUGCUUUCUCACCCACCCUUCGCAACAGAGACUCAACUGUCUAUUCUAGGAUAGUUAACAUGAGGUUCCUCACGGCUCUCGUGGUUUUGCUUGGUGCCUCUCAGGUCCAGGCAAAGGCAGUAUUCGCUCACUACAUGGUCUCGAACACAGCCGAGUUCGCUAUUGAAGAUUGGGCUAAAGACAUGCAGCUUGCUCAACAAGCAGGUAUCGAUGCAUUUGUACUGAACAUGGCCGCGAAAGAAGAGACCAACACAUACUCUUUGUCGAUAGCCUUCAGCGCUGCCAGAAGGGUUUCUUUCAAACUCUUCUUUUCUUUUGACUAUGCUGGAAAUGGACCUUGGGCAAAAAAUGAUGUGAUUGAUCUCAUCAAGAAAUACGGAGACUUCGACGAAUACUAUCACUACAAUGGCAAACCUAUGGUAUCUACUUUCGAAGGUCCAGAGAAUGCUCCUGAUUGGGCCGAUAUCAAAGCUCAAACUGGUGGCCUUUUCUUCAUACCCGAUUGGAGUUCUAAGGGAGCUAAAGGUGCUAUGCAGCUUCCCAAUAAAGAUGGCUUGUUCAGUUGGGCUGCUUGGCCGUACGGCCCCAACGAUAUCAACACUUACAUUGAUGCAUCUUAUCGGGAAUUCCUCAAUGGACUACCCUACAUGAUGCCAGUCUCGCCUUGGUUCUAUACCAACAUGCCAGGCUUCAACAAGAACUGGAUGUGGCGUGGCGACGACUUGUGGUACGACCGCUGGGAAGAGGUCAUGUACGUCCAGCCCGAAUUCGUCCAGAUCAUCUCAUGGAACGACUUCGGAGAGUCUCAUUACAUCGGACCUUUGGACAGCAGGGAGUACGUUGCGUUCGGAAAGGAGUUUGGAAACUCGCCAUUCAACUAUGUUGAGAAUAUGCCUCACGACGGUUGGCGCAAGUUUCUUCCAUACGUGAUUUCCAUGUACAAGAAUGGCAAGGGAACGAUCUCAAAGGAAGGCCUCACUGCUUGGUACAGAUUGACCAAUGGACUGGCCUGCGACUACGGAGGAACAUCUGGCAACACAGCAAGUCAACUUCAAGCCGAAUACCAUCCAUCGAAAGUCGCCCAAGAGAAAGUUUUCUAUUCGGCGUUGCUGGGCUCGGACGCAUCUGUAUCCGUUACUAUUGGGGGCACAUCUGUCGGUGGAGCGUGGACCAACAAACCCUAUGGAGGAGUUGGUGUAUAUCACGGCAGCGUUGACACCAAAGGACUCACUGGUAAAGUCGUGGUUACCGUCUCUCGAGGCGGCGCAAUCAUGACUAUGAAUGGAAACAGUAUUACUGGUUCGUGCAACAUUGAGAAUUGGAACGCCUGGGUCGGAUCUGCAGACGGACCAUCAAUUUCUGCAUCAACAGCUCUGAGCGUCGCCGACCAGGUUUGCACUGCUGGUUCUGGCGCAGGCAAUUUUGCAGGUCUCUGCUCAUUCGUCUGCUCUUACGGAUACUGCCCAAUCGGAGCAUGCUACUGCACAGCUAUGGGCGCUCAGAAGACGCUUCCAAAAAGCUUGGGUAUAGUUGGAUAUCCUGUCGCAGGCCUCAGCCCAAGUUACGACGGCCUUUGUGCCUUCGCUUGCAAUUAUGGAUACUGCCCCAAAGGAGUUUGUGGAUUGACUGACGAGCCGACUGUUAUCCCAACUUCAUCACCCUUCGCACCGGAUACUUGCACCUCGGGGUAUGGUGUUGGUAAUCUCGCCGGUCUCUGCGACUAUUCCUGCAAUUUUGGGUUCUGCCCUCUCGGGUCAUGUGUCUGCACUACACUUGGUCCUCUGAAUGAGCCACCUGCUCAGAUUACAUCUGGUUGCGCUCUAGCUGGUGUCGACCAGAAACUCUACAAGGACUUGUGCAAGUUUACUUGCAGUCGUGGAUACUGCCCAGAAAGUGUUUGCACAAAAUCAUGUGGUUCGAGUGCUGAGCCUUCCACUAAAGGAUGGUACGAUGUCAAGUGUUCGGACGGCUCUCUUAGCUCGGAUCUCAACCCCGGCCCGCAGAGAUGGGCAGAUGCCAAAGCAGAUGAUGCUUGGGCUGAUGCUUUACAAGCUUUCAAGAACUAUCGGUCGAAAAAUCCUGGAAUACUGGGCGGCGGGUUCCAAUUUUCUGAAAUCAUUGCAGAUCACGUUCACGGAACAUCUGGCAGACAAUGCAUCAACGUUCCAAACUCAGCAUGUGAUGCCUUUGUUCCUUGUGAUGAUAAAUCUGUUGGUGGUGCUACGGGAGUCGACUCACCAGCCGGAUAUAUGAUCAUCAACUCUAUGGCAGCUCUACACAACAUCAUUGAUGAUCUGGAUACAGCCCUGAAAGCUGCUCUUCAAGACUUCACCGGUACCGCUAACAUCAUUGCCAAAGACUUUGCAGACUUUUCAAAGACCACCAGUAUGAAGAUCGCCUUGGAUGUCCUCGGACUUGUCAUUGCGCUUAUCUCUGCUCCUGUUUGGAACUCCUGGAUCAAGAAGCUCAGCAACGCCAAGGAUAUGGCAAACUCCAUGGGAACUGCCAAAGACUCCAUUGCAGGGAUAGUUGCCUUUUCUAUCAACAUCGCUAAGGAUACCAUGCCAGCGAACAGCGACAUAGUCCUCGGUGCAAAUUUCCAAUCGCUUGGAACGGCUCUCGUCAAAGCAAUGCGAACCAUGAACGCGAACACCGCCCUCGAAAUCUUCGGCGGCGAAGACCUCUCCAUCAUCGACGGCCUCAUGAAAGGCGGUGCUUCCGCUGGCGUAUACGGCGACAGUCCCAUCUCGAUGGAAGACCAGAUCUACAAGGCCAUGGUCGCACAGAUGAUCCCCAUCGCAUGGAACGCCAACUCUGACGGCUCACCAUUCCUCAUGACUAGCGAGGACUUUGGCGGGAAAGGCUGUGAUGGUAUUGAUCCUUCCAAGGUCAUCAGCAAGGAUAUCAACCAUGCGAGUUUCGUGUGUAUUGAUGGCCAGGGCUACUGGCUUCUCAUGGCUUUCGUACAGAGCUCUUGUGAUACUGGAAACUGUCAGCCGGAUUUGGCAUUGAACAAGGUGCCUGGUGUUGCUAAACUAGAUGGUUCGAGGUUCGGUGGGCUGUCGUUGACUGAUCUCGCUACCAGCUCGGUCAAUUCUUUCAAGGCUAACGGCAACAAAAACGGCUGGAAGAUUCCCGAUCCAGCUACGGAUACAGACUCGAUGUGGGAUAUUGCCGAGAAUGGCGUCCGCGCCAAGGGCAUGUUCAAUGUUCCCAUCUGCUCGGGUUACGAAGCGCUUUCGAAUCUCAUUGACAGGAUUGGAGAGAAGAAGGGUAACUGGCCUUGCAACUAGUGCUUUUAUCUAUGAAGUGGUGGUAUUCUUUUGGCAAUAGAUUGCGCUCAUAAAGGGGUAGAGUUGAAGGACAAGCCUUUCUCAUGAGAGUGCAUUGAUUCUCUAUGAGGAGGUCAGCGGUAUUAUUUAAGCUGACAGAGAUUUGUGUACAUAGACUUCUUGGAAAUCUGUUGCGCCUCAUGUUCGCAUUCAAUGACUACAUAUCUAAACACAAAAACUUGACAAAAACUGUCUGUCUGUAGUUGAUUGCUUUACUUCCAAAUAACUCCAAACCAUAGCUUCAGUCUUCCCGCCGCCUGACCUACUCUCGACAGAAUUGUUGAUAUCCCAGUCCCUGACAAGAGAUACGCUGUGAAUGCUGAGCAAAAAGCCAUCUAAAUAAAAGAUACAUCUUUGCUUGCCUACUUCUCUUUAUGCAGCUGUGACGGUGAAUGACCGAGGUUUAAGAUUUUCGGUCGUCGCAAACAAACGUAUUAGAAGCUCAGCUCAGCUUAUUUACCUUAUUC